AUGUCAGUCGAAGAAGCUACCCAACAAGUUACCGAGUCUCUCGAGAAUGUCACGCUUCAGGCUCAGGAAGUUGCUAGUGAUUUGCAAGAGCAGGCCGCUGAUGCUCUUGGAAAUGUAAAAGAAGCUGCUUCUGAAGCAAUUGAUGACUUGAAGGAAAGUGCUGUUGAGGCUUUAGAACAAGCCAAGGCAGGCUUCAUCGAUGCGCUUAAAGCUGCUUUUGCGAAGUUCGGAGAAGUAGUGAAGGAAAAACUGAAAGGAAUUUUUGCAGCAUGCAUGGGAAAGAAACCCGAGGAGGAGUCUUCUGAAACCGUAGACGCCCAGGAUGCUGGGUAUCUUCAGCUUUUGCAGAAACAAUACGAAGAAGCAUCCAAAGCGAUCAAUGAUGCUGUCAACGCAACGGAUGAUGUUGACUCCUUCUGGAGCAGCGUUGAGAUCAAAAUUCAGCCAAUUGCUGAAGCCAACGAGGAAGAGCCAGAAACCGUUUUGCUUCUCUUGGAAUAA